AGACACAUCCAUCAUUCUAAUCACAAAUCACAGAAAGGUGUUGCCAUGGCCAACAUGAUUAUGGCUUCCUCCAAACCUUUGGUUCCAGUUGCCACUAAUUCCCGUUCAUCCACCCCCAGACUCCCAAUUGUGCAAAUUUCACUCCCCAAAGUCUCAACCCUCAAACUCAAACUCCCAAUUUCAAAGCCUCAAUUACUCUCCCUGGUGGGUAUGGCUGCAAGCUCACUCGCCAUGGCCCCUCCCUCCCUCGCCGCAGAGAUUGAGAAAGCAGCUCUAUUCGACUUCAACCUCACACUCCCCAUUAUAAUGGUGGAAUUCCUGCUGCUCAUGGUAGCGUUGGACAAGUUAUACUUCACCCCGCUUGGGAAAUUCAUGGACGAGAGGGACGCGGCGAUCAGAGAGAAGCUGGGCAGCGUAAAGGACACCUCAGAAGAGGUGAAGCAGUUAGAGGAGAAGGCGAAUGCGGUGAUGAAAGCUGCUCGGGCAGAGAUAUCUGCGGCUCUUAAUCAGAUGAAGAAGGAGACACAGGCAGAGGUUGAACAGAAGAUUGCAGAAGGUAGAAAGAAGGUGGAAGCAGAGUUGCAGGAAGCUCUGGCUAACCUUGAGAGGCAAAAGGAAGAGACCAUUAAGUCCCUCGAUGCCCAAAUUGCCGCUCUUAGCCAGGAGAUUGUUAAAAAGGUUGAAGAAUGGCACAGGAUAUUGCUAAUCCACCAUCACCUUUUGAUUUUGAACUCUUGGUUGAUGAUCCUGAGCACCUUAGAACUGUCACAGCCUCGUUGAGCAACACGGACCCGUGGAUUGAACCUGAAAGGUUGAAACUCAGACACAGAAUUGGUCGAGGACCCUUUGGUGAUGUUUGGUUAGCAACUCAUCAUCAGUCAACUGAAGAUUAUGAUGAGUAUCAUGAAGUUGCUGCCAAGAUGUUACCUCCAAUCAGAGAGGAACAUAUGAAGACUGUAUUGGAGAAAUUUCGUGAAUUAUAUUUUCAGUGCCAAGGAGUGGCUGGAGCGUGUUCGUUACUUGGAGCUUCAAUUUUAAAUGGAAGGAUUUGCAUCAUUAUGAAUUUUUAUGAGGGUUCAGUUGGUGACAAGAUGACUAGACUCAGAGAGGGAAGGAUUUCGUUGCCUCAUGUUCUGAGGUAUGGUAUUAAUCUGGCUAAAGGUAUUCUGGAACUUCACUCAAAAGGGGUCCUUGUUCUCAACCUUAAACCAUUUAAUGUGCUUCUCAACGAUAGUGAUCAAGCAAUACUGGGAGAUGUUGGUAUUCCCAAUCUUCUGUUUGGUUCAUCAUUCCUAAGCUCAGAUAUGGCCCACAGGCUUGGUACUCCAAAUUACAUGGCUCCUGAACAAUGGCAACCAGAAGUCAGAGGCCCUAUCUCUUUUGAAACAGAUUCAUGGGGAUUCGGGUGCACUAUUGUGGAAUUGUUGACUGGUAAUCAACCUUGGUAUGGGCAUCCUGUUAGUGACAUAUACCAGGCGGUUGUUGAAAAAUGUGACAAACCCCAGAUUCCCAGUGGCCUUCCUUCUUCAAUUGAAAAUAUCCUCAGUGGAUGCCUUGAGUAUGAUUUGAGGAAUCGCCCUUCAAUGGUGGAUAUUCUGACCGUCUUUAGAAGCUCACUGGAUGCAGUAGCCAACGAUGGGGAAUGGAGAUAUCUUGGAACUUGCAAAACGAUAGUAAAAUCUAGUAGUACUGGCUGCACACAGUGGUUCCUCUCAAAAGAUCAUCUUCAGGUGGGUGACAUAGUGCGAUCCAGAAAGCCUUCCAAUUCAUGCAAACCUCAAAACAUGGAGGUCCCAGAAGGAAAUGUAGUUGGUUUAGAACGUAAUGCAGAUCAUGGAUUUGUUUUAGUUAGGGUCCAUGGUGUUCAUGACCCUGUAAGGAUUCAUGCAUCUACUCUUGAACGUGUCACUAACGGUUUGGCAGCUGGUGAUUGGGUACGCUCGAAGGAAGAAGAUGAGAAGCACUCACCAGUGGGUAUUCUUCAUUCUAUCGAUCGUGAUGGCAGAGUGGCUGUUGGGUUUAUUGGUCUGCAAACUCUUUGGAAAGGAAAUUCUUCAGAACUUGAAAUGGCAGAAUCUUACUGUGUUGGCCAAUUUAUUAGGCUGCAAGCCAACAUUUUGAGUCCUCGAUUUGAAUGGCCCCGUAAAAAGGGAGGUGCCUGGGCUACUGGCAAGAUAUCUUGGAUCCUGCCAAAUGGAUGUCUAGUUGUUAAGUUCCCAGGGAUGUUGACCUUUGGCAAUGAACCAAGCACUUUUUUGGCUGAUCCCUCCGAGGUUGAUGUUGUUAAAUUUAGGACUUGUCCAAGGAUGAUAGAGAAGUAUCAACAUGUAGAGGAUCAUCACUGGGCAGUUAGACCUGUUCUAAUUGCAUUUGGCCUACUUACUGCUGUGAAACUGGGGCUGUUAAUUGGUAAGAAAAUGGGGAGGAACAUGAAUGUUAAUGCAAUGGAGAAUGAAACUCAUUAUACAGAUAGCCAGAAUGCUAGCAGCCCUACAUGGACAUCUUCAGUGGCUAACAUCCUUUUCAGAGAAGGUGUUAACUUACCCACCGGUCGGUAGUUGGAUUAACUAACUAGUGAAGGAGUUCAUCAGCUGCUGUUUGAACAAACAUUUCACAUGAAAAUUGUAAUUAUAUAUAAAUGCCAAUGUGGCUAACACUGAAUGUUAAAGUUGUACAUAUGCCUUACAACUAGAUUAGCUCUGUUCAUAUUUAGUUUCCAUGCAAUGCCAUGCAUAAUGAACAUUUAACACUGUAUAGAAGAUUCACAAUAUGCUUGUUGAGAUUAUAGAAGCUUGAAGGAAAUUAGUAAAAUAAGCAUUGAAUCAAGAUACAUAUUACGCAUCGUUUCUUGGAGCAAUUUUUGUUCAUUUUUCUCUGGAUUGAUCCUUGUGAUCUGUUUUUGUUGUGUUUCUGAAUUAAUAAUGAUGAUAUUAAUGUGAUGCAGGCUGCCAUAAAUUUUUUUCGGACAAUAAAUUUUCUUGCAGCCCGCUAAUCUGCUCA